AUGCCUUUCCUUCAAAUCGGGUAUAAGAAGAUCCAUUAUACGGAUCUAAAGCCUGAAAGUAGCGAUGCUCGCGAAACGUUUGUCUUCAUUCACGGCCUGGGCUCAUCGCAGGACUACUACCAUGCGGUCGCAUCAGGUCUACAAGCUCACAACUUCCGCUGUAUCACCUUUGACACCACCGGCGCGGGAAGAUCCCCCUAUACGCAGAUUGAACAAAGCAUCCAAAGCCUCUCCGAUGACGUUAUCGGCAUAUUGGACGCGCUCGGGGUGUCAAAAGCUAUAGUGGUAGGCCAUUCAAUGGGGGGUAUUGUCGGAGCUCACCUCGCCGCCGAGCGCAACGAUCGCGUUGUGGCCGCCGUCCUCAUCGGUCCUGUAUACCCGAAUCCAGCAGUUGUUCCCGUCUUCGAGAAACGAAUACAAACGGUGGAGAAAGAAGGCAUGGAACCCAUGGCGAACACGAUACCGAACGCCGCAGUUGGAAAGCAGGCGUCGCCACUCGCGAAGGGCUUCAUCCGCGAGCUGCUCCUGGGGCAAGACCCAGCGGGGUACUGUUCCAACUGCCGGGUCAUUAUCAACGCGAAGCCACCUGCCUACGAAAAGAUCGCUAUCCCAAUACUCAUCCUAGCGGGCGAGGAGGAUAAAUCCGCACCACUGGAAGGCUGCCAGAAAAUGUUCAACGAGAUCGGUACUGGCGAGAAGAAGCUGGAGGUCAUGAAGGGCAUAGGGCACUGGCAUGCGCUUGAAGCGUUUGAACAGGUGGGGCAGCACAUCUUGUCAUUCUACCACGACAUUCAGUGA